UUGCCAGGGAAUAAAACUAAUUUAAUAUUGUAUUAUGAAUUUAUUAAAAAUAUUUUCUUUGUUUCACGAAUAAAUUACUUACGUAAAAUAAAAUGAUUUUCUCAUAGAUAUUAUCAGGAUAACAGAAAGUGAAAAUAUGGAAUUAAAUCCGGAAAAAUUCUUUAUCAAUCUUCAAAAUGUACUACAGACCAGACCAAGUUUGGGUAGGUUGGAAACGUACAUAGUUCAUUGUGUGUUGAAGAAAUCCUCAGAUAAGCUGAAAAUAAUCGAAAGCCUGAUGCCAGGGGAAGGGAUGUCUAAGCAAGGGAUAUGCUACCAGCCUUUGACCCUGAAACUUGAGGAAGUCAAGAUCAAAGUUGUACCAUCGGAAUGGAAAACUGCAGAGGUUCUCUUGACAUCUACAAGGGUGAAAAACAUCAUAGGCUUCUUACUGGAGGUGCUUGGGGAGACUAUUGCGGAAAUUGAGAGCAACGGAUCUUACAACUACUUGGAUUAUACACUCAACUGUGAAAACUGGAGUAAUUUUGACAAAAUCAUGCUGAAAGAAGAAAACAUUCAGUAUAAUGAGAUAGUAAACGACUUAAAAGAAAAGAUACAAAAUUGCAAAUUCGAUUUUCAGAAGACCCAGAACUUUCUGCUGGAAAUGACCGGACCUUGUUUAGACAGAAAGUUGACCGACGUGUAUGUCCAGGAGGAAUCCGCAAAACUACACAACUUGGUAAAAGUGCAGACCCGUGUGGAGCAGAACUUUCUGCAAUUAAAAGAAAAAGAAAAUGAAGUCCAACAGUUAAUUGAAACACAAAACUCGGAUACCAUAAAGGAAAACAGGAUUAACGAAGAGCUUCAGUUUUAUCUGUCCACAGUUAUAAAUGAAUUGCAGGACAAAGUCAACUAUUGGACCCACCGCUACAACAAAGAAAUUGAAAAAUUAGAUGUUGACAUAUUGCACACAACGAGCAAAAUAGAGGAACUCAAGAAGAACAGAGAGGAGACACUCGAGGAAUUCAAUAUGAAGCAGGAGAAGAUGGCAAAGCUGCAGAAGGAGUCUGACGAACAAGAGAGACUCAUGAGGAGAAAACAGAUUACGUCUAGAGCAGCUGUCACCAUUCAGACAUGGUGGCGCAGGAUCCUGAUCAAGAGAGGAUUUAAGAAGAAAAGUGAAGCCAAACCGAUAAAGGGAAAAGGGAAGAAAAAGACCGGUAAAAAGAAUUAAACGACUUAAAAAGACACUUCUUUGAAGUUGUUAAUUUAAAGUGAUCUUUUCUUAACAAUAAAAAUGCACAAUAGCAAAUCAUCAUUUUCAUUCACCAAAUUCCAAAGUAACAAGUACAAAAAUUGUAUUUUUCACAUGUGCAGCAGCAGAAACAAUGAUUUUAUCACCGUAAAAUACUCAAAAAUAAAAAUUUGGAAGUAUAAUUAUGUUUGUCAUUACGCAUUUAAGGCUUA